CGUGUUUUAGAGGACACGUGAAUUUAAAUGUGAAAUAGUAAAUCGGGUUUUAGAGGACACGUGAAUUUAAAUGUGAAAUAGUAAAUCGUGUUUUAGAGGACACGUGAAUUUAAAUGUGAAAUAGUAUAUCGUGUUUUAGAGGACACGUGAAUUUAAAUGUGAAAUAGUAAAUCGUGUUUUAAUUUAAAGAAGAAAUCUAAGGAUGUCUAGAGAAUUAGGAAAUUAUAAUAAACCAAAAGAGAAUCGGAUAUGGACUAAGGGUAAACGUAUAAAGCUAGUUAUGUGUGUAACGAUUGUACCCAUCUGGUUAACCAGUAUGCUCUACAAUCUGGCCUCUCUUCAACGAGUUAUGUUCGCUACUAAAUUAGCUUCAACAUCCAAACACUCAUUUUCCCUAUCGCAUGAUCUUCAAGUAAUAGAGCCUCAAGUAUGUGACGUAUUACUAAAGAAUACAAGUUUGACUAACCGAUUCAUAGAUAACGUUAUGAGCUUCAUGAAAUUCCAUCCUAGAAAAGCAGUUUUACCAGAAGCCUACAUACCUUUAACUUCAAGCUGUUCAAAAUAUAUUUCCAAUAGGGGGUUCCUGGUUCAUAACAGUACAAAGAGGGAAGAGAGUUUUCCAAUCGCCUUCACCCUCAUGGUUUAUAAACACGUGGAACAGGUAGAACGAUUGUUAAAAGCUAUUUAUAGACCCCAUAACGUAUAUUGUGUUCACGUGGACAGCAAAUCGUCAUUGCUCAUUUUUAAAGCUAUAAGAUCCAUCGUGAAAUGUCUUCCUAACGUGUUCUUGGUUUCUAACAGAACCAACGUAAUCUGGGGAGAGUUCAGUGUCCUGGAACCAGAGAUAAAUUGUCUUAAAGAACUUGUCCUGCAUAAAGUAAAAUGGCGCUAUGUGAUCAAUCUAACUGGUCAAGAAUAUCCAUUAAAAACUAACUAUCAACUAGUGAGGAUUUUACGGUCAUAUAAAGGAGCUAAUGAUAUAGAUGGAUCCGCAGCAAAGAUGGGAUCAAAAGGUUACUACUACUCCCGAAUUAAAGGUCGACCUCCUCCUCCUCAUGGAAUAACUCCGUGUAAAGGACUGGUACAUUUGGCAGCUUCAAGAGAAUUUGUUGACUACGUUCUACAUAAUAAAACGGCUUUAGACUUUCUAGAAUGGUGUAAGUCAAUGAGCAUACCUGAUGAAACCUACUUCACUUCUUUAAAUAACAAUAAACACCUUCAAAGCCCAGGAUCUUACACAGGAGACAUAGAAGAUGAGACAAGGGACAGUUUUAUUCGUUACAAGAUAGUUGAUAAUGACUAUGGUAAAUGUGGCAGCAAAUAUACCGUUCGAGGUGUCUGUAUACAAGGCAUCCCUGAUUUACACCUAAUGACAACCAGUAAUAAACUAUUUGUUAAUAAAUUCCUUUACGAGUUCCAACCUCUUGCCUACGAUUGUUUGGAGAAUUGGUACUUCAACCAAGUGAAGUUAGAAAUGGCGGGAAAAUUAGAGUUUAAUACAACUGUGUAUGAAAAAAGUACAAUUGUAAGAUAUCGCUAUAUACCACCGGAUGUUGUUUGAAUUUUAUAAGGUGUGUGGAUAUUGUCAUCAACCCUGUCCAAUGUUUGUCGGGCCGUCUGUCGUUACAUGUGUCAUACAGCUGGAUAUCACAGAUAUUUUGGUGUCAUGAAACUGAACAGCAAGAUUUCUGUAAGUUCGUGGUAAAACUUUCAAUAACAACAAAAAGAUUAGUAGCAUUUUGCGUCCAGUUUCUGGGCCACAAAUACAUAAACCCAUUAAAUUACUGAACAGCGUCAUGAAUAACUAGAAUUUCCAUGGACUGGGCGCCAGCCUACUGUGCGUUUUCAGGAACGCGUUAAUAAACAACUAGAAAUAAACAGCCAAUAAAAUGCACAGACCACCAUUAUAUGAAAUACAUUUACUUUUUAUUAUUUGGGGGUUGGGUGACCGAAUGGUUAGCACGUGCGCACUGUAUCAUAAAGACUGUCAUUGAGUCAACUGACGUGGUUUCGAAUCCCCGGUUGUACGAGGCAAGGAGUAGGGUCGCCUAUCCAACCUCGUGGGUUUUCGGCGGGUCCCCCAGUUUCUUCCCACUGCUAAAGACCCAGGACGCGCAAGCGAAUUAUUGAAAUAGAAUUAAAUCAUAUGUUAGUCCCGAAAUGACCUAGUCUGUGUUAAGUGGACGUUAAACCCCAUCUCCCCCUCUCUCUCUCUAUCUCUCUCUCUCUCUCUCUCUUUUAUCUCCGAUAUUGAAUAGAUUAGAACAGUUCAGCAAUAUUUUGAUUCAAGCUAAAAAUGGAGUCCGAGCGAGACUUAGCUUCGAACAACCAGUACGGUGGUUGAAAUUAUUGCACACGUCUUAUCAAACCUUCAAAGACUAAUAUCUUCAUUUGAAUGAAAUUUUCAAAUUAUUCAUUUUACAUUAUCUAUUUUUGAACUAUUAUAGCAAGAAUGGCUGGCUCUUUAUCCAAAUCUUACAUAAUUAAUCGGGGGUUGGAUGGCUGAUCAAUGGUUAGCGUGCGCGCGCUGUAUCAUAACGUCUGUCAUUGAGUCGACUGGCGUGGUUUCGAAUCCCCGGUUGUACGUGGCAAGGAGUAGGGUCGCCUGUCCAACCUCGUGGGUUUUCUCCGGGUCCUCCGGUUUCCUCCCACUGCUAAAGACCCCUACGCGCAAGCGAAUUAUGUGAAUAAAAUUAAACCAUAUGUUAGUCCCGAAAUGACCUAGUUUGUGUCGAGUGGACGUUAAACCCCAUUUCUCUCUCUCUCUCUGUAUGUCCUUUCACAGAGUCAUUAAAUUUUAUUUCAAUAAUUCACAGACCGCAUGAAAACGGUUCAGGUUGGACAAGCACUUUACUCCUUCCCACUUGGAAUCGUGAAUCGAAACCACGCCGCUUGACUCAAUGGCGGACCUUAUUAUCUAUGACAGCCUCUGUAUCCCCGCCACUCAGUAAUAAGCAGUAAUUGCAUUCUAUAGAAGCUCCGUAAUAAGCAGAAAUUGUAUCCUAUAGAAUUAUGACCAGUUUCAUUACUAAAUGCCAUUAAAACAAUUUCCAACUAAUGGAAUACUUGGAUUUGGUGGGGCAUGGGUGUUUGGGUGGGGGCAUUUUAUUCAA